AUGAUUUGCAAUAAUUCAUCAUUAAAAUCUUCCGAGAAGGAGUAUACAACCCUGAUCUCUCCACAAGUGAUUGUCAUACUAGAUGAUCCUUCGCAUCACAUUUAUCGUCAAAAGCUAAAGAUUAAAUUCGAUUAUCAAUCGCAGGGUAGAAGAAAAUGGUUAACUGCCAAAGAGGCCUUCUUUGAACGAGAUCCUGAAACUGUAAAGGCACUUCCUCUUGAAUUCCUAGGAGAUGAGGAGAGUGUUUUUGUAGGUUAUCGGAAAUUUCCCCAAAUUUGUCAAUAUUUCCCAAUGGUUUGGCUUGGAAAUGUUGAUUUUAUUCGAAAGGCAGUAAAGGAGAAUGCAACCAUUCUGAAAUAUGUGCCUAUUAGUCUAAUAGAUAGAGAAAUAAUGUUGGAUGCAGUGAAAUUGGAUGGUAAAAUUCUCUUUAAUGGGGCUGUGGAAUUUAGAACUGAUGAGGAAAUUGUAUGGCAAGCCAUUUCACAGAAUGGAUUGGCUUUAUCAUAUGCAGGUCCUUUUUUCCAGGAUGACAAACGGUUUGUAUUGCAAGCUAUCUCAUCAAAUGCAAUGGCCUAUGAAUAUACCUCCCACAGAUUAAAAUUGGACCUGGAUGUGGUAGAGGCAACUCUUCAAAAAGAACCUUACAUGCUUCAACAUGUAAAUUUACAUGCAUUCUCUAAUAAUAAGCAACUGGUAUUGCAAGCCGUCAAAAGAGCAGGUGGUGUGCUACAAUUUGCCUCUGAUGAAUUAAAGAAUGAUUAUGAAGUAGUGUAUGAAGCUGUAACGAAUUAUGGUUAUGCACUCGCAUACGCAUCAGAAAAUCUGAAGGGAAAUAGAUCAAUUGUAAUUAAGGCAGUUCAGCAAAAUGGUAGGGCACUUGAGUAUGUAUCUCUCGAGUUGCGUUCAGAACGAGCAGUUGUACUGGAAGCUAUGCAACAUGAUGCUACUGCUUAUUAUUGGGCAUCAGAGUCUAUGAAAAGACAAAAGGAUUUAGCAUUGAUGGCCGUACAGAAACAAGGCAUAUGUUUGCAAUAUGUUCCUUCAAACUUGAGAGCAGACCGUGAAGUUGUAUUGGCAGCACUUAAACAAGAUUUUUUUGCAUUUCAGUAUGUAGAUUCUACCUUACAGAGAAAUAAGUCGAUAGUGAUGGAAGCCAUUGAGUUCAACCCUUUUGUGUUGAUGAGUGUUUGUGCUGAAUUGAAGGAUGACAAGGAGGUGGUAAUUUCUGCAGUUUCAAAGAAUGGGCACACUCUACAAUUUGCCUCUCCAAGAUUGCUAAACGAUAGGCAAGUAGUCUUGGAAGCCGUGAGAAAUUGUGGUAGAGCAGUCAGUUUUGCCUCUACUGAAUUAAAGUCAGAUUGGGAAGUAGUCUACGAAGCUGUUAAUCAAGACGUAUUUGCUCUGAAUUGGGCAUCAAAUGAAAUACGAGAGAACCAGAAAAUGAUUGAGCAUGCCCUUAACCACGGUUAUAUAUUUAUUGACCAAAGAGGAGAUAUGUUGAAUAAGAUAAGGGAGGAUGGACGCUUUAUGAGAUGUGCAAAUGAUGAAUUGAAAAUGGACAGAGAAUUCAUUACGGAAGCUAUUAAAUUGAAUGCUAUUGCCUUCCCUUUUAUUCCAGAAAAAUUUAGAUUGGAUAAGAAAUUCAUUUUGGAACUUUUGCAACAUAAUGGAGAUGUCUAUGAACAUUUGAAAAAACAAUACAAGGUAGAUUUGGAAAUAAUGAUUGAGGCUGCCAAGCAUUGUGCUACAUGUUAUAGAUUUUUUGCAAAGAAUAUUGAUUUGGAGAGUAUGAGGUUGAAAAGAGUUAUGGAACAAUACAAUGCAUUUAUUCCAUUUCAAAUUUCUGUGUGGCACAAAGUGCAAAGAAAUUUGAAUAAAGUUUGGAAAAAACAAUAA